AUGGCAACCUGCAACCGGAACGUCCCUGCCAAAGGCAUUCCCUACUUCACUCCAGCGCAGGACCCUCCUGCAGGUACCGCGUUCGAUCCCCAGCCAAGCGGAGCACACCAGCCGAAGAUAUUCAACCCCUUGAGGAUUCGCGGUGUAGAGUUCCAGAACAGGAUUUGGGUUUCGCCCAUGUGUCAAUAUUCUGCUGAGAAUGGCAAAUUCACUCCCUGGCAUAUGGCUCACUUGGGAGGAAUCUUCACUCGAGGACCUGGGUUAACCAUGAUCGAAGCAACCGCCGUACUCCCCAACGGUCGUAUCACUCCUGAAGAUGCUGGGAUCUGGUCUGACGAACACAUCAAACCUCUCCAAGACGUUGUCACAUUCUGCCACUCCCAGAGCCAAAAUAUCGGCAUCCAGCUCGCCCACGCGGGCAGGAAAGCGUCUACGGUAGCGCCCUGGAUCUCCGGUGCACCCACAGCUUCCAAAGAAGUUGGAGGCUGGCCAGAUGACGUCUGGGCACCCUCUGCAAUCCCGUACUCGGAGGAUUACCCUCAUCCCAAGGAGCUUACCAAGGAGGGUAUAAAGGGUAUCAUCCAAGCUUUUGCCGAUGGCGCUAAGAGAGCGCUCAAAGCUGGGUUCGACGUCAUCGAGAUUCACUCGGCACAUGGCUAUCUCCUCAGUGAAUUCCUCAGCCCUGUCAGCAACAAAAGAACCGACGAAUAUGGCGGUAGCUUCGAAAAUCGAACCCGGCUUCUCAUUGAGAUUGUUGAUACCGUGCGGUCCAUCAUCCCCGAAGAGAUGCCGCUCUUUGUCAGGGUUUCCGCUACGGAGUGGCUGGAAGAAAGUAUGCCCAAUGAACCGUCCUGGAAAUCCGAGGAUACAGUCCGCCUGGCCCCAAUCCUGUACGAACACGGAGUCGACCUUCUCGACGUGUCCUCUGGCGGCAAUCAUCCGAAACAGAAGAUCAAGGGCGGGCCAGCCUAUCAAGCCCCUUUUGCGAGAGACGUGAUGCAAUCCAUCGGCGCUCGGAGUUUCUUCCCUUCUAACGUCAAGGACAAGUCUACCAGCAAUGGCGGUCGUCUUCCUCGCCUCCUAGUCUCGACGGUGGGGGCCAUUACUACCGCACAAGUAGCUGAAGCGUUGCUGUUGGCCAGCGCGGACGUUAUAUUUGUGGGUCGCCAGUUCCAGCGCCAUCCCGGUACCGUUUGGCAAUGGGCCGACGAAUUAUCCGACGGAAGCAAGGAUAUUCAGAUCCAGCUUCCAGGCCAGAUUCGUUGGGGGUUCCAAGGACGGGGUGCCAGGACCAGCGACGGGAAGGAAGACCACAGUCACCCUGAAGUGGAGAGUUGCAAGACGAAAGUGGGAAGCUGCAAGGUUUAGGAGAUUGAUAAUGGAUUGUUCAAUGCACUACCCAGUUAGUGAGGAUGUCAACGCCAAAACGUAGUUUAUUCCACAAUGGUACUGCUCC